AUGGCUCUCGUCCUGUCCGCCGAGGGCAGCUUCGAGGUCGGCGUCACGGACGACUCGUCCAAUCUCGCGUCCACCAGCUCGACGCCGCCCACCACCGUCGCCGACACGGCCAGCUUGCACUCCGACUCUCCCAAGCGCGAUGUCGUCCACGUUGCUGUCGAUGACGAGCCUGUGCCCGCUCCCGUCGAACCCGCGGCUUCUGAGCCUGAUGCGCCCGCCGUCGCCAAUGUCGCCGCCGUCGAUCCGCCCUCGGCUGCCCGCCCUCGCCGCGCUCGCGUGAGCGCCCCCGUCUACAACAUGGCUCAAUUGAGCGGCACUGCCGGCCACGGUAAGCGCCGCGCCAAGGGCGACAUUGUUGCCGACCGCAGACGGACUAUUUCUGGCGAUACCCUCGUUUCCCGCUCCGCCGGCGCGAGUCCCCGGGCCACAAGGACUGUACGCGAUGGCAUCGACGCGUUGGAUCUUCAGUGGUCGCUGGGCCGCCUUGACUCGCCACGUACCCGCCGCCAGCGCCUCCAAGACUCUCCCGCCUCGAGGCGCUCAUCGACGCGUCUUUCGGGCCCUGUCCCCGUCUCGGCUCUGACUAACAAGCUGUCCGCCCUCAGCAAACGAAGUCGCAAGGCCGUCGACAAGGGCAUGUCCAACAUGUCGCGUGAGCUUCGCCGUCUGCAGGACACCAAGGAGUUUGCCCACAUUGACGACAAGCCCGUUGUCCACACCGUCUGGGCCAACGGCAAAUUUAUCGACCCCAAUGCUCCCAAACCCCCUGCGCGAAGGAAGUCUCAGCCCGAGCCAGCCCCCGAGGAGCCCGAGGAGGCGGAGCCCGAGCCUGUCACCAACAAGAGGAAGCGCCGUGUGAAGAAGUACCUUGACAAGGGCCUCUAUUCCGGCCAAGACGCUCCCAUGGAUAUGGCGAAGGGCCUGACUAUGGCCGAAAAGAAGAGUCUAGCCCAGCUCCCCGAGCUGAUCCCCAGCGGCCGCGUCAACAAGACGAUGCCUUCGCCCAUCUUCACGGGUCUGCGCUUGCUUAUUGCUGGACGUGACUUUAAGCUGCCCUACAAUGUGUGCAACCCUCUCCCACCGGGCCAGCCUAAGCCCGAUGAGUGGAAAAAGAUGACCAAGAAUCGCUUCAUUGGAGAGUCCAAGGACUACUGGCGAAAGUCGCCGCACUUCCACGAUUAUUCGUCCAAGUGCGUGUGCAAGCCUGAGGAUGGAUGUGGCGAGAGCUGCCAGAACCGGAUUAUGUUGUAUGAGUGCGACGAGCUGAACUGCAACGUCGGCAAGCAAUACUGCGCGAACCGCGCGUUUGCAACCCUGACCGCCCGCAGGGCCAAGGGCGGCAAGUAUCGCGUUGGUGUCGAGGUCAUCAAGACCUCAGACCGUGGAUACGGAGUCCGCAGCAACCGCGGCUUCAAGCCAAACCAGAUCAUCAUGGAGUAUGCCGGCGAGAUUAUCACAGAGGAUGAGUGCGAACGCCGCAUGACUGAGGUCUACAAGGACAAUGAGUGUUACUAUCUCAUGAGCUUCGACCAGAACAUGAUUAUCGACGCAACCACGGGCAGCAUUGCCCGGUUCGUAAAUCACAGCUGUAACCCUAACUGCAGAAUGAUUAAGUGGAUCGUCUCGGGGCAACCUCGCAUGGCCCUCUUCGCCGGCGACAAGCCCAUCAUGACGGGUGACGAGCUGACAUACGACUACAACUUUGACCCGUUCUCGGCCAAGAACGUCCAAAAGUGCCUCUGCGAAGAGCCCAACUGCCGAGGCGUCCUGGGCCCCAAGCCCCGCGAGGUGAAGCCUCCCAAGGCGGAUCUGAAGAACGCCGUCAAGGCCAAGGUCAAGGCCGGCAAGCGCAAGCUUAAGGAGCUGAUCGGAGAUGAGGCCGACGCAACCGGCACCAAGACCAAGAAGCGCAAGAUCCAGCCCGCUACGGGCGUGAAGCGAUCUUUGUCCAGUGCCAGUUCCAAGGUGGCAAAGUCGGCGGCCACAGCUCUCAAGAAGGGCAUGUCGACCGUCACAACCAAGAAGACUGGCUCAGGGGCCAAGUCCCCCGCUAAGCGACGCGCCUCAACCGGCGGUCUGCUCAAGAAGGCGUCAACAGCGCAGCGCAUUAUUAAGACUUACGGCAAGUCGUCGUCCUCGCCUAAGCAGCGAAGCUCGUCCGGCGGCUCAAGCGUCACCCUUGUCGCCGCGAUUACAAAGGGAGUCAAGGGCGCCAAGGCCUCCCCAGCUGCUAAGAAGGCUGCGAUGAAGAAGACGACUCCUGUCAAGAAGUCACCCGCCGCGAAGAAGGCCUCAGUCACGAAGGUCGCCGAGACCAUUGCUAAACUGGCGUCCCCCCGGAAGGGCGUGGAGAUCUCGCGGGACGCCCAGAUCCGCGUGGUUCAGCCGGAGUGA